CUCUCCCGCUGCAUUCAGCCUUACCCUAUAGGCUAUACCCAUCGUCUCCCCCAAUCUCUACUCGUACCGGACAGGCAAAGCUCCGAGACGGGCGGGGGCUCUCCCCGUCUCCAUAGCAACGGAAACUCGCAGGCCACCUCCCCCGUCCCUCGCCUGCCGCCAAGCGCUGCCCGGGCGUUUUGCGACACUUGCUGUCGGAGUCGCGGCAGCUGGAGAAGCCCCUCUGCUGAUUUCCAGCACCAGGCGUUGAGAGAGAGAGGGAGAGAGACGAACCAGGCGAGGGGCGCGCGGGGAGGCCAGCAGGGCGCCCUCCUUGCCGGCGAAGAGGCGGGCCUCCCUCCUGGACCCAGGAGUGAAAGCAUAAUGGCGGGCAACAGUUUGGUCCUACCAAUUGUGCUAUGGGGGCGCAAAGCUCCCACUCAUUGUGUAUCAGCCACGCUGUUAAUGGAUGAUGUGUCAGUGAUUGUAACAGGAUGUCAUGAUGGACAGAUAUGUCUUUGGGACCUCUCUUCAGAUCUAGAAAUAAAUCCUAGAGCUUUGUUGUUUGGUCAUACAGCUUCAAUAACUUGUUUGUCCAAGGCCAGUGCUUCAACUGAGAAACAGUAUAUAGUGAGUGCAUCUGAAAGUGGGGAGAUGUGCCUCUGGGAUGUGAAUGAUGGAAGAUGCAUUGAAUUUACUAAAUUAGCCUGCACACACACCGGCAUACAGUUCUAUCAGUUCACAGUUGGGACCCAGCGUGAAGGGAGACUUUUGUGUCAUGGCCAUUACCCAGAAAUUCUUGUUGUAGAUGCCACCAGCCUUGAAGUUCUUUAUUCCUUGGUGUCAAAGAUCUCUCCUGACUGGAUCAGCUCCAUGAGUAUUAUUCGAUCUCACAGAACACAAGAAGAUACUGUUGUGGCAGUGUCAGUGACUGGCAUUCUGAAAGUGUGGAUAGUAACUUCUGAAGUGAAUCACAUGCAGGAUACAGAGCCAAUCUUUGAGGAGGAGUCUAAACCUAUUUACUGUCAAAACUGCCAAAGUAUUUCUUUCUGUGCAUUUACCCAAAGAUCACUUUUGGUAGUUUGCUCUAAAUACUGGAGGGUAUUCGAUGCUGGUGAUUAUUCCCUGUUAUGCUCCGUUCCCAGUGAGAACGGACAGACUUGGACAGGUGGUGAUUUUAUAUUGGCGGACAAAGUAAUCAUAUGGACGGAAGAUGGCCAAAGUCUGAUAUAUAAACUGCCAGCCAGUUGUUUGCCUGCUAGUGAUUCAUUUCGCAGUGAUGUUGGAAAAGUUGUUGAAAAUCUCAAUCCUCCUCAACUCCACUGUGUUGUGGACAGAGCAGUGGAGAAAUCAGAUAAACAGUUUUCAAUCUGCCCCCCUGUCACUCGAUUCUUCUACGGCCGCAGGGAGUGUUUCCAUAAACUACUUAUCCAGGGAGACUCCUCGGGGAGGCUCAGCAUUUGGAGUAUACCAAAUACACUUGACCAGCAAAAUGUGACAGAAGGCUUGAAAGUAACAACUUCCACUUCUCUACAAGAAGCAUUCAGCACACUCGCCCCUCGUCCUGCUGGAAUUAUAGAUCAGUUGAGCCUCAUACCUAAUAGUGGCGAGCCACUUAAAGUGACAGCAAGCGUAUAUAUCCCAGCACAUGGACGCCUGGUUUGUGGCCGUGAAGAUGGAAGUAUUAUUAUUGUACCAGCAACACAAACUGCUAUGGUUCAGCUCUUGCAAGAUGAACACAUGCGCAGAAGGGGUUGGCCACCUCAUAGAACUCUGCGUGGUCAUCGGAACAAAGUCACCUGUUUGCUGUAUCCUCACCAGGUCUCUUCUCGUUAUGACCAAAGAUACUUGGUGUCAGGUGGUGUAGAUUUUUCUGUCAUUAUCUGGGACAUCUUCUCUGGAGAAAUGAAGCACAUCUUCUGUGUGCAUGGUGGGGAAAUCACACAACUUUUGGUCCCUCCAGAAAACUGCAGUUCGAGAGUCCAGCAUUGUGUUUGCUCUGUCGCCAGUGACCACUCAGUAGGGCUUCUGAGUUUACGUGAGAAAAAGUGCAUCAUGUUAGCUUCCCGGCACCUCUUUCCUAUUCAAGUCAUAAAGUGGAGGCCAUCAGAUGACUACUUGGUUGUUGGCUGUUCAGAUGGCUCUGUGUAUGUCUGGCAGAUGGAUACAGGUGCACUUGACCGCUGUGUAAUGGGAAUAACGGCCGUUGAGAUCUUGAAUGCUUGUGAUGAGGCUGUGCCUACUGCAGUCGAUUCCCUUAGCCAUCCUGCUGUCAACUUAAAACAGGCCAUGACUCGGCGUAGCCUUGCUGCUCUGAAAAAUGUGGCCCACCAGAAGCUUCAGACGCUUGCCACAAACCUCCUGGCUUCCGAUUCAUCGGACAAAGGAAAUUUGCCUAAAUACUCUCACAACUCUCUGAUGGUUCAAGCCCUGAAGACUAACAUAACAGACCCAGAUGUCCAUGUACUCUUCUUUGAUGUGGAAGCUCUGAUUAUUCAGCUACUAACCGAAGAAGCCUCCAGGCCUAACACAGCCCUUAUUUCCCCAGAGAAUUUGCAGAAAGCAUCUGGCAGCUCUGUCAAAGGGGGUUCCUUCCUGGCUGGCAAACGAGCAGCGGUCCUGUUCCAGCAGGUCAAAGAAACAAUCAAAGAGAACAUAAAAGAACAUCUUCUUGAUGAGGACGAUGAUGAUGAGGAAUCCAGGCAGAGAAAAGAAGAUAGUGAUCCUGAGUAUCGGUCCAGCAAAUCUAAGCCAUUAACUCUCUUAGAAUAUAACCUAACCAUGGACACAGCGAAGCUGUUUAUGUCAUGCCUUCAUGCGUGGGGCUUGAACAGUGUUCUAGAUGAGGUUUGCAGUGAACGCUUGGGGAUGUUAAGACCUCACUGCUCUGUCUCUUUUGGCUUGCUCUCAAGAGGGGGUCACAUGUCUCUGAUGCUUCCUGGAUACAACCAGCCUUUAGGCAAGAUGCCGUAUAGUGACAUGGAGGUAGGAAAGUCUGUAUCUCUCACUGAGGGACAUGUCAGGGGAACAUAUGGCAUAUCACGCGCAGUAACUACUCAGCACCUUCUCUCUAUUAUCUCUUUGGCAAACACCUUGAUGAGUAUGACAAAUGCAACAUUUAUUGGAGAUCAUAUGAAGAAGGGGCCAACCAGGCCACCUAGACCAGGGACUCCUGAGCUUGCUAAAGUGAAAACUCCUGCUCCAGUUGCCAGUCCAACAGCCCAGGGGCUUAUUAAACAAGUUGCUCCUGCUGUUUCUGCUAGCACUGAAGCUGAUCACUCUGGCUCUGACUCUGCUCCUCCUUUACAUACCUGUUUCUUAGUAAAUGAAGGAUGGAGUCAACUUGCUGCUAUGCACUGUGUUAUGCUUCCUGACCUGUUAGGCUUGGAUAAAUUUAGGCCACCUCUUCUUGAAAUGUUGGCUCGCAGAUGGCAAGAUCGAUGUUUGGAGGUGCGAGAAGCUGCACAGGCCUUGCUGUUAGCAGAACUGAGAAGAAUUGAACAGGCAGGCAGGAAGGAAACAAUUGACAUGUGGGCUCCUUAUUUGCCACAAUAUAUGGACAGUGUUAUCUCACCUGGAGUGACCACAGAAGCAAUUCAGUCUAUUGCUACUCCUGAACAAUUGGGAUCUGAAACAAAAAUUCAAGAAGAAGAGCAUGACCUUGUUGAUGAAGACAUCUCGGCAGGUUCUCUGUCUGGUCUUCCACAAAUGAAAAAAAUAUCUAUGUCCUAUGAAGAGAGGCGAAAGCAAGCUACUGCUAUUGUUCUGCUAGGAGUGAUUGGAGCAGAGUUUGGAGCGGAAAUUGAACCUCCAAAAUUGUUGACCAGGCCACGAAGUUCUAGCCAAAUUCCUGAAGGAUUUGGCUCAACAAGUGGUGGAUCCAACUAUUCUUUGGCAAGGCAUACUUGCAAGGCCUUGACGUAUCUUCUGCUGCAGCCUCCCAGCCCCAAACUUCCACCCCACAGCACCAUCAGAAGAACUGCCAUUGAUCUCAUAGGACGAGGGUUUACAGUAUGGGAACCUUAUAUGGAUGUAUCUGCUGUGCUGAUGGGCCUCUUGGAGCUCUGUGCUGAUGCUGAGAAGCAACUUGCAAACAUCACAAUGGGACUGCCUCUGAGUCCAGCAGCUGACUCCGCCCGCUCUGCACGACACGCUCUCUCGCUCAUUGCCACGGCCAGACCACCCGCCUUCAUAACAACUAUCGCCAAGGAGGUGCACAGGCACACUGCUCUCCAAGCAAAUACUCAGUCUCAACAGAACAUUCAUACCAGUACUUUGGCUCGGGCCAAAGGAGAAAUUCUGAGAGUUAUUGAAAUACUUAUUGAAAAAAUGCCCACAGAUGUUGUGGAUCUCCUUGUAGAGGUUAUGGACAUCAUCAUGUAUUGUCUGGAAGCUUCAUUAGUCAAGAAAAAGGGACUUCAAGAGUGCUUUCCAGCCAUCUGCAGGUUCUACAUGGUCAGCUAUUAUGAGCGGAGUCACAGAAUAGCAGUUGGAUCUCGCCAUGGUUCAGUGGCCCUCUACGACAUCCGGACUGGAAAAUGUCAGACAAUCCACGGCCAUAAAGGAGCCAUAACAGCCGUGGCUUUUGCUCCUGAUGGGCGAUACCUUGCCACUUAUUCCAACACAGAUAGUCACAUUUCCUUUUGGCAGAUGAACACCUCUCUUUUGGGAAGUAUUGGGAUGCUUAAUUCUGCACCGCAGCUUCAUUGUAUUAAAACGUACCAGGUACCCCCUGUCCAGCCAGCAUCGCCAGGCUCCCACAACGCUCUCAAACUGGCCAGGCUCAUCUGGACUUCCAACCGCAAUGUUAUUCUUAUGGCACAUGAUGGCAAAGAGCAUCGAUUUGUGGUGUAGAGUCAGGUGUUUUGUUUUGUCUCUUGCUCCAAAUACAAUUUUGUUUUGAAAACCCCUGUAAAUCUAUCUCCCUCUUUGUGGUUUUAAUACUGGAGGGUCCGUACCAGUGUCCGCAAAAAAUACCUGGCAGGAUUGGCCAGGCUGCAUUUAUUCUGCUUGCUUCUCUACAGCAGAGCCCUACUUUAAGUCCACUGUUGACUGAGAGGGAUCCACAUCAACUCAGCAGCCUAUAGCAGCUAUGCCAGCAUGUAGGGGUUCUCCCUUAUUGGUAAGGAAAAUAAGAACCUUGAGAAUGCAGCUGUGUUGUGGGGCAUGACUGCCUCAGUAAGACAAUCUGGAAGAUCUGAUUUUAUUGUCUGUAAAAAAAAAAAAAAUUAAAUCACAGCAUUUAAACCAGGCUAAAUCUAAUCACUUUGAGAAUGGCUGAAAUAAUUCAUCGAGUUCAGAUUAAAACAUUUGUUCCUUUAAAGCGUUUAGAAUCCUGAUGUUUACUGUAAGUAUAUAUGUUUACAUGGCUAUUCCAGUGGCUGUUGGAGGAUCACUGGUUUAGGAUUUUUUAGACUAUGCUCCUAGCCUAACAUGGGAGAUGAGAGAGAGAGGUGAGCUUACAGCAUGCACAUGCAGGUCUCCACAUACAUUCUCAUGGCAUUUCUUGACUUACAGAAAAGAAUCAGAUAGCCCCCGUGUGCAUAGGAACUCCCAUGUGCCCACUAGAGCUGCUGGUUCACAGCAUUAAAGGUUUAUUGUACCUGUCAGGCUCAGGAUUUCAUGAUAAAAUAUAUGGGAAAGAGGAUUUUCUACUUCCUUCAAGCCUGCAUGCUUCCUCAUAUACAUUCUUGAUUGAUUUGGAAAUUAUGGCAUCCUUUAAUGAGUGAAGAGACAACUUUAUGUUUCAUAUGUCAGGGAAGAGAGAAUAAUAUUGCCUGUGGUGUUAAUUUUAAAAAAUAAUAAAAUUUGCAAGGUUAGGAGAGAAAUGGGAUUACUAUUACCCUUUCCUUUGAUGUUGAUAUGUGUAUUUGUGUCCACAAGAGUUCUCUCUCCCAGAUUUCUCUUGCACUGGACCAGACAAAAAUAUGGAAGUCACUCUUCACACACACACACACACAUACACUUUACACCAGUGAAUGUUGUGACAUAAGCUUAAUCACGGUAACAACACGUUUUCAAAUUUUUGAUUUCAUUGAAGGACAGAGAUUUUAAGAGGUGGAAACGUUUAAUGAAACACAUCACUGGUAAUUAUUGCUGGAAGCAUUUUUUAAAAGGUUAACCUAUGGUCUAGUUUCAGUAUUUGAGCAUUUUCCUUAAUGAAAAAAAAACCCAGUUGCAAUGGGAACAGUUGGCGUUCGCAGAUUGCCCUUAUUUAUUAUUGUGUGAAAUGCACUUAGGUUUUGUUCAUAGGACAACAGGGAAAACAAUCUAGAAAAUAUUUUAUUUAAAUGCUGGUGCAUAUACAUACAUGAAUACACGUAUGUGUGUUUCUAGCUUGAUUUCUCUUUGCCUUAAAUCUGGGACAUAUGCAGAGAAAAUGUUCUUAAUAUCUGCUAACACAGUCAACAAAAAUUGAGCCUGUCAAAUUCAAAAACAGAUUUGGAAUGAAAACAUAAAGCAGAAUGAUGGCUUCUGAGUUGAAAACCUAUUGAGUAUGUCCUUUUAAGCAUUGCUUCAGUGCAGUCCCCAUAGAAAUGAACGAGAAUUGCACAAGAGUAAUGCAAUAUCCUGGCUCUCGUCUCAUUUGUUUCAACAGGGCCUUCAUUGGAGCAGUUCCUGGUGGUUUGCAUACAUUGAUGUUUGUUGUUGUUAAACAUCUAGGUGGUCUGUUUAAUACACUGUACAUGUACGUAAAAUUAAAGAGGCCACAAUCAACAUAUCUAUCUACUUGAGAUUUUAAAAGCAGAGCAAAAAAUUAAAGAUCAUUAGGAACGUUUAUCUCAUUGUGCUGUACAUUUACAUCAUUUUUUAACUAUGGCAAAGGAUAAAUAAUAUAUGUUUAGUGAUGGUAAAAUUCAUGUACACUGUAUUUAUGAAAAGCAGUUCUGUGAUUUGGAAAAGGCAAGAAAGAAUACGUACACUUUUUUCCUAUUGAAUCAGACUGUUAUAAUGGCAUAAAUGAAAAUGAACAGAUACUUCUCAGUACAUUUUCCCAUAGACAUCAGGGUCAUUCUUACUUCUCUUACAUUUUUUUUGUUCAUCCUUUUCUUUCCUUAUGGUGCCCAUUAUUCAAGCUCUGCAAAGCUUCACAUGGAGCACGGCACAAUCGGGAAGCUGCCUCAUCUCUUCAUUGUUGGCUAAUGUUCUUUGAACAUAGUAGGACUUGGUGCAAAGACUGCUCCGCCAUCACUGAAGAAAAUUGAGGUCCACCACUGUAAGCCCACCAUGGACAGAGCCUUACAAUAAACACAGGGCUGCCUCCAUAAAUGGCAUCCCUGCAUUGAGUUAUUUUCCUUCCCCCCUUCAAAAUAUGUCGUAAAAUGUAUCCAUCUCAUGAUGUCAUGCUAGCAGCAGCCAGUGAUGUGGGGCAAGGGCAGGGACAUACAAUAAUGUGACAUCAGGAUGCAGAUAAGAUUAACAACACAUUGCAAGGAGAGAGCUAAGAACCCAAAAAGUGGCUUGCUGUUUUCACAUGCCAGCAGCCUCUGUGUGUGUGUUGCAAAAUGGGGCUUCACUCUGGGUGUCUACCAGACCUGCUACAUGUGUGGAAUGCAUGCCAAUCUACAAAGUGAUGCAACAUAAUUUAUGUUCAUUUCAUUGGGAAAUGUGCAGAGGUCCCACUUAUUUAUUAGAGGAUGUGCAGCAAAUGUGCUCAGCAAUUGGCACCCAUGACUGCCCCAUUUAUUUUAAAAAAAUGUUUAAAAUGUUUCUUAAAUUCCAGUAGCUUUAAAUGCAAUCAUGGAAAAACAAGCUACCAGCUUUUGUCACCAAGAAGUAGUUCAGUGUGGUGAAAGAUCUAAAAAUAUUGUAAAUGCUAUGUUAUCUUAAAAAAAUUAUGUCUUUGCAGAUAUCAAGUUCGUGAUGCAUUAUGUCUUAUCUUAAAAAACUGGGGACUUUUAAACCAAUAGGAAAGCUAGCCUGAAAACAGGAGUAAUUUAAACAGGAGAAUCAAUAUUUUUGUGCUAGCAACUACAACAAUCUGCUAGGCUCUGCAUGGGACCCCACACAACCCCCUUACUGAAAUGAAUGGAGGCUGUGCUGCAUUUAGUGGAUAUUUGCCCUAGAAGUCUUAACUUCCUUAACAUCCUCACAUGCAAAUCAAGCACUUGAGAGACUUUCUCAACCCUCACUGCAAACUUCAUCACAGCUUAGAUAUUUCAGCACUGCAGUAAAAUUUGUAUUGUCAUUCCAGUGUAAGCUUUUAGUGUUUUAUUGAUUUGUUUAGUACUGUAUUUGGAUUUGUCCUUGUAAAUGUAGAGACGUACGUGGCUUCAUUGGCAGUUUACAAGCAAAAUAUGACAUGAUGAGACACCUGUAUGAAAAUGUUGUCAUGACUAAAGUCGCAGUGUAUGGUAACUGAUACAAAUGUCUGCCUCAAGAAAUGGCAUGACGAUUCUGCUUAUUGGGUGCUGCAUGUACCAAGUGGCCAUGUAUAGAUAAUGUCUGUGAAAUAAAUAGUAAAUUGAAGAAUGCUUUCCCUGUAUUACAAUCAUCACUUUGAUUGCCACGUUCAACUACACCAUGCAGUUGCACUAGGACAGACUGGGUGCAACAAUAAACUUACAGCUGCCAAUGAAAUCUAGUUUCUCUUUCUCACACACACAUACACACACCAUAACAUCUAGAGGUUAGCUAUAAUGUAGUAGUAAUGUUAUGAUGUUCUGUGUUUCCUCAACCCUCUGUACCCAUCAUCAGCCAAGGACGCAAGGUUAGGAAAAUGCAAAAUACUAUGAUGACGUGAACUAAGUUUUGCUAGAUGUUAUGGAAGGGAAGCAGGAGAACUAAUCAUGUGGCAACCAUUCUUGGCAGCAGAUGUGUGAUUACAAAAAUUUGUAGUUUGGCCCUUAAUACAGUCCUUUGGGGUCUGUUUGGAACAUUUCAUUUUGUCGGGGGGAGGCUCAUUUUCAAAAAGACCCAGUUUAUCCAUAAAGCAAGGCAAUCAGUGGGGGAAAUGCUAGAGUUUGUUUUUAUUUUAGGGAUGAUGUGAUUCCAUCCUGAAAGGGGGGAAAUUUAUUCAAUUAGUUUCCUCUAGUACAGGAAAAUAGUAUGUCUUUUUGUUGUCUUAUCCUCUCUAAAAGAAAAAGAACCAAAUAAUUUGCUGAAAUGUUUAGACAAGGACAGCUUCCCAUUGGGAAUGGAGGAGAUUAUGUUGUGUUUCCUCCAUCCAGCAAUUUUGGACUUAGAUCUACAUAAUUUUGGUAUCACUAGACUAAAUAUUCUUCAGAGAGGAUCAUACUGUUUAGUGGUUGAUCUUUUCUUUGAGAGUUUCAUGUGAAGAGGCAGAAGACUAUAGACUGAGGUGGUCAUUAUGUAACAGAGGGGAAGGGGGAGCAUCAGAUAAUCACAAAGCCUUCAUAAUUGCAACACUUAAGCACCUCUUGAUUCUCAAGGUGUGUUCCUGUGUUAAAAUAAUUGAUGGCUUAAAUAUUUUUCCUGUAGGUAGAAUGUGCUCAGUAACUGUUCUGUUGCUGAUCACAUAAACUGAUCAAACGCGGAAAGGGCAUGACAUUAAUAGGAAGGUAAAGCCAGGCAGCGCUGGAUGAACUUUCACCUUUCACCUCUUCAGCUGACAGACAGAGCUGAGUGUUGAAAAAAUCAAUACUUAGGAGCCAGGAGGGAAAUAUUUCCAACCUCUAACUAGAGAAUGUAUUUUGACAAGGCCAAGAUAAUCCAAGCUGCACAGGAGAAAGAGAAAAGAAGACUCAUUUUUAAAGCUUGACACUUCAAGGUGUUUUUGUACAAUGGUUUAGAGAAAGCACCGAUAACAUACAAAUACCAAAGGUCAGAAAAAAGAAAGCAGAGAAGAAUUUCAGAAAUUACAUGCAUUGUCUCCUUUCUGUUUGCUUUACCAAAUAACAAGAUUGUAGCCAAGCUCUGAUUACGAAAUAUAUGUAC